CCAGUAUCCAUCCGUCCCCAAUCUCGCACUGCCAAGCUCGUACUUGCUAGGGUUUAGAAAUAACCCCAAUUCCGGAGGCGAUCUCGCCAUUCCUCUCCUUCCUCGAGAUCUCGAGGGUCGAGGCCCUCCCUCCCUCGGUCCCUCCCUCCAGGAGCGAGAAUGGACUUCCCCAAGAGGGGCGGCGCGGUGGCCUGGCUCCCCGACGACCUGCUCAUGGAGAUCCUCUCACGUGUCCCCGUCAAGUCCCUCUGCCGGUUCAAGUGCGUCUCCAAGACCUGGCGCGAACUCAUCGCCGACCCCCCUCCACCACCGGAAGCUCCCCCAGACCUUGGAGGUUCUUCUGCGGCCUCAGGAGACGUGGCUCACCACUCAUCCCAAGAUGUUCAAAAAUAGUUGCUCGGCCACUGGAUCUUCUUUUAGCUAGCAGCCCAGCAGCAACUCACAGAGAACCUGAAUUCUUCAGAACUGGCAAGGUGUUGACUGUUGAGAUAGAAAACACAGCGUAUUGUUUUUUUUCUUUACUUACACCUGAGUUGAUGCUACCUGCAUAGUCUUCAAUACAGGUUCAUUAGUGUUCUUCUUCAAUCUUGAUAGUGUUUGCCUUUUUUUUGUAAGACACCAGAAUCAGUUACUAGUGCAGCAGUGUAAGAACUGGAAUGGUAAUUUCAGUGAUAUUCCCAUGAGGUGAACACUAGUUGGCUUGAGCUUAAUGUAUAUGAAGAAUGUGUUGA